CUUCAAAGAAGCAACAUCAUCAACAUCAUUAAGCAAAUCGAACUCAGCACCAUCGAAUUAUAGCGCUUGUCGCCUCAGAGCGACACCCCCGUCCGUUUCUCCUCUCCUCUCCUCUCUUUCCUCCACCAGUUUUCUAGGGCGUAGAUUGACCGGAUUGUUUCAUCGACUAUCCACUGUCAUUGAGAUCACUUCUCCGAGGCACAGCCCCAUGCCAAAGGGGUACAUCCUACAGCCCAAUCUUCGCUUAUGCUGGUCAUAGAGAGUGGUUGUUGAGACAGCAUAGCUAUCGCGCAUCAACCUACAGUCUACCCAUCACCAUCGAACCAGCCCUGUAUCAAUAUGGCUCCAGCUUCAGGAAUUCUCAAGUCAAAAGCAGCCCCGGGUGCUUCGGGCUAUCAGCCAGUGCAUCAAGAUGAGGGUGAUGGUCACGAUGAUGGCCCUAGGGAGCCUCCCGCUCAACCAAUCAUACCGCGUGGUCCAAUUCGCUCAUACAGGAACACCAUAAUGCUUCUCUCGGGCCUUGUCGUUAUUCUUAUGGCCAUAAACCUCUAUCUUAGUCUUCCACUUGCCUUCUCCGGCUCCGGCUCCGGCUCAUGUCCGGGUGACCCACCCCGGGUUCCCCAGUAUUUUCAGACCUCGCCGCAACUAUGGCCCGGCGUUACUGAAACUGGAAAGCCGGCUUUCAUGGCACAAACCCAUGUCUUUGAGCCUACUGCCACCUUUGUCCCCAAUGAUCCGUUGCAGACAUCUAUCCCUAUCGAAGGCAUGAAGGAGGGUAACCGGAGCAUCUUCCAGAUGAUGGGUUACCUGAGUCCUUAUUCUCCAUCUACAGGCUUCGGCGUGGACGAGUAUCCAAUCCCUCCAGGUGCUGAGAUCGUUCAGGUCCAGAUGCUUUCUCGUCAUGGUGCUCGAUAUCCAACCCCAGGUUCGAACGUCGCAACCCUUGGCGAGCGACUUGCCAAUGCUUCGGCUGGCCUCAAGACCAGUGGCGCCCUUGAGUUUUUGAUGGACUGGAAAUACGAACUCGGAAAGGCUAUCCUAGUCCCAAGGGGUCGACAGGAGCUCUUCGAGUCUGGUGUCUUGCAUAGUUACAUGUAUGGUAGCUUGUACAACCCUCAAAGCAAACUCAUCGUCCGAACUACAACUCAGGAUCGCAUGCUGAAAUCUGCAGAAAACUGGAUGGCUGGCUUUUUUGGCCUCGAGUGGACCAAUAAUGCCACUAUCGAAGUGAUCAUCGAGGCCCCUGGUUUCAACAACUCCCUUGCUGGAGGGCUGAACUGCCCCAACUCUGACAAGGCGGACUAUGUGACUCCUGUAGCCGCAUGGUAUAAGAAGUACCUCAAAGACGCAACUGCCCGAUUCAAUAAUGUGACAAAGGGUUUCACGUGGACACCAGCAGACGUCUGGGCUGCACAAAACAUGUGUCCCUAUGAAACUGUUGCAUACGGCUUUAGUAGAUUCUGUGAUCUCUUUACAUACGAGGAAUGGGAACACUUUGGCUACUCUAUCGACCUUGGAUUCUCUUCGGGGGCUGGGUUCCAAAGCCCAGUAGGCCGAGCUACUGGCCUUGGCUACCAGCAAGAGGUCAUGGCAAGGCUUAAGAAUCAUACCCUCGGUUACUCUGGCUCCCAGAUUAACACGACACUGGAUAGCAUGAAGGAGACAUUUCCUCUGAACCAAAGUCUUUACUUUGACUUUUCUCACGACACCAACAUUAUCUCUAUCCUGACAGCCUUUGGCCUUCGCCAGUUUUCUGAGGAGCUUCCCACUGACAAAUAUCCCGGUGAACAUGAGUUCGUUGUUUCUAAACUGACUCCUUUCGGUGCGCGUUUAGACAUCGAAAUCAUUAAGGCGCCCAGCCCUGUCUCACCAAAGAGAGACGGCUACCUUGAUGGCAAAGAGACCAAGUACAUUCACUUCGUACUAAACCAACGGACUGUGCCUUUGGGCAGGAGUUUUCCGGAAUGUGACGUCAACCGUAAGGACGGCUGGUGUGACCUGGAUACGUUCAUCGAGGUUCAGGACAAGAUGGCAGAAAAGGCACAGUUCGACUACUCUUGCUUCGGAGAUUACUCGUCAUUACCAUAUGGUAAGGUAACAGACGGUGUGCCGCCUUCUUGAGAAAGUGUGGCCUUGCAUAUAAAGAUAUAUGAGAUGCCACCUAGAUUUAGCAAAACGACAAGUACCGUUUAGUCCUUAAUUAUAGUUAGCAAUUAGAAUUGGCGCAGCAUGUACCUUUGAAUAAAUGGAAGCAAGACUGCAGUAGGCAUUUGGAUGGGGUUUCAACCAAUUCGAAAAGACCAAAGCAGCUUGAAGUCCUUUCACUGGUGCUUGAUCGAGAC